AACCCGACUGUCAGCUAUAGUGAACGGGGACUCAGCGUGAGCUACAUCUCUCAUCUAAGCAGCGUCUCUCCAUAAAGACUGCCUUACAUCUAAAAGCUUAUUUUGGACGGUUGUGACUGGCAACCACCUCACAAAGCCAAGUUUCCAGCAACAAUAGGUACAUUCUGUGACAUGCUGAACAUGCAGCAUCCUGGCUCAUUCAGCUCCAACAGCUUGAAGAAGACUUAAAAGGCGGCUGCGCUUUGGUUAGAGUUUGGACCGACUGUUUGUGGAGAAAUGGGGAACACUGCCACCAAGUUUCGUAAGGCUCUCAUCAACGGGGAUGAGCUGCUAGCCUGCCAGCUGUACGAGAGCAACCCGCAGUUCAAGGAAGCUCUGGAUCCCAAUGCUACUUAUGGAGAGUCCUACCAGCAUAACACUCCAAUGCACUAUGCUGCCCGACAUGCCAUGAUGCGCCUACUCAGGUUGUUUCUUCUAAACAAAGAUGGCAAUCCUAACAAGCGUAACGUGCACAACGAGACGUCUCUGCACCUUCUCUGCAUGGGGCCUCAGAUCAUGACCUCAGAGGGAGCGCUGCAGCCGCGGAUCUCACGACCAAAUGAAGAUGAGCAGCGUCGAACCGAAUGCCUGCAGAUCAUCUUGUCUUGGACAGGAGCCAAGCUGGACCGCGGAGAGUAUGAAAGUGCUGAUAUCAAUGCGGCUGACAACAAGAAAAACACCUGUCUGCACUAUGCAGCUGCCUCAGGCAUGAGGACCUCGGUUGAGUUACUGUUGCAGAGGGGAGCGGACCUGUUUGUGGAGAAUGAAAACCGCGAGACUCCAUGUGACUGUGCGGAGAAGCAGCACCACAAGGAUUUGGCCCUCAGCCUGGAGUCACAGAUGGUCUUCUCUCUGGCCCCUGAGGCAGAGGGUAUAGAAGCAGAGUAUGCAGCCCUCGAUCGAAGAGAGUUGUACGAAGGCCUGCGGCCUCAGGACCUGCGUAGGCUGAAGGACAUGCUGAUAGUGGAGACGGCGGACAUGCUGCAAGCUCCUCUUUUUACUGCUGAAGCUUUGUUACGUGCCCAUGAUUGGGACAGAGAGAAGCUCCUGGAAGCCUGGAUGAGCAACGCAGAGGAAUGCUGCCAACGUUCAGGGGUGCAGAUGCCCAACCCGCCUCCAAGUGGCUACAACGCCUGGGACACGCUGCCAUCACCCCGCACUCCUCGCACCACCCGCUCCUCCGUCACCACCCCAGACCAAAUCAGCCUCUUUGCGGGAGAUGACGAUUCAUCUCUGUGUGGUAUCUGCAUGUGCUCCAUGUCCUUCUUUGAGGAACCUGUAGAUAUGUCCUGUGGCCAUGAUUUCUGCAGAUCAUGCUGGGAAGGGUUUCUCAACCUAAAGAUUCAAGAGGGAGAAGCCCACAACAUAUUUUGUCCUGCCUAUGAUUGCUACCAGCUAGUACCAGUGGAAGUUAUAGAAAGUGUGGUGUCCAGAGAGAUGGACAGGCGCUACCUCCAGUUUGACAUUAAGGCGUUUGUGGAAAACAAUCCAGCAAUACACUGGUGUCCUGUGGCGGGGUGUGAAAGAGCCGUACGACUGAACACUCAGGGCCCAGGGACCUCCAGCGCGGACCCUUUGAGCUUUCCUCUGCUUCGGGCCCCUGCUGUAGAUUGUGGAAAGGGCCACCUCUUUUGUUGGGAAUGUCGGGGAGAGGCACAUGAGCCCUGUGACUGUGACACCUGGAAGCUGUGGCUUCAGAAAGUCACUGAAAUGAAACCUGAAGAAUUGGCUGGUGUAAGCGAAGCUUAUGAGGAUGCAGCCAAUUGCUUGUGGUUACUCUCCAACUCUAAACCCUGCCCAACAUGCAAGUCUCCAAUACAGAAAAAUGAGGGCUGCAAUCAUAUGCAAUGCGCUAAGUGUAAGUACGACUUCUGCUGGAUCUGUUUGGAGGAGUGGAAAAAGCACAGCUCUUCAACUGGUGGUUACUACCGCUGCACUCGUUACGAAGUCAUCCAGCAGGUGGAAGAACAGUCGAAGGGGAUGACAGAAGAGGCAGAGAAGAAGCACAAGAGCUUUCAGGAACUUGAUCGUUUUAUGCACUACUACACACGCUUCAAGAACCAUGAGCACAGCUAUCAGCUUGAGCAGCGUCUGUUAAAAACAGCCAAAGAGAAGAUGGAGCAGCUCAGUCGAGCCCUGAGUGGAAGGGAAGGAGGCCCUCCUGACACCACGUUCAUCGAAGAUGCGGUCCUAGAAUUGCUCAAGACUCGCCGCAUCCUAAAGUGCUCUUAUCCUUAUGGGUUCUUUCUAGAACCCAAAAGCACAAAGAAGGAAAUCUACGAGCUUAUGCAGACUGACUUGGAGAUGGUGACCGAGGACUUGGCACAGAAGGUUAACAGGCCCUACCUGCGAACUCCCCGCCACAAAAUCAUUCGCGCUGCUUGCCUCGUGCAGCAGAAGAGACAAGAGUUUUUGGCCUCAGUGGCAAGAGGGGUGGCCCCAAAUGACUCUCCUGAAGCCCCCAGACGCAGUUUUGCAGGUGGAACAUGGGACUGGGAAUAUUUAGGCUUCGCAUCACCUGAGGAAUAUGCUGAGUUUCAGUACAGGAGGAGACAUCGGCAACGAAGGAGAGGCGACAUGUCCAGUGUCCGAAGCAACACACCCGACCCUGAUGAGCUCAGCGACACCAUUUUAGAAGCUCAGGAUGUAGGAGGUGGUCGCAGACCUGCUCAUUUGAUGGGCCUUGACUCCCUGGAUGAGGACGACCCUAACAUUUUACUGGCCAUCCAGCUGUCACUCCAAGAAUCAAGGAUGGCAGAGAUCGGCGCCAACCACGAUUUCCUCGCCAAUGAAGCCUCACUUGGCGCAAUUGGCACUUCCCUGCCUUCCAGGCUUGAGCAGAGCUCUCCGGGUGUCGAGGUCCUCCCAAGAACUUCUCUGAGCAGCUCAGAGCUGCUGGAGCGAGGAGAUAACGUGCCGAGGCUGGGCAACAUCAGCAGCCAGUACUCUACAAGCCCCGGCGGCCCCACCUCUGUGAAAUACUGUGACAUUGACCGCCGGGUGCAGAAACCAGCCGCCCUUGGUGGCAGCAGCUCCUCCACCGGCUUCUUCUCUUCCUCCACCGAUGUGACAGACUCCACCACGUGUGGCAGCAGCGACCCAUCGUCAUCUUCUGCCUUGCCAACCAAUGCCAAUCUGCUUGGAAACAUUAUGGCUUGGUUUCACGAUAUAAAUCCACAGGGUAUCACUCUGGUUCCGCCAUCCUCCUCAAACGACGACUCUGACGUGGGUCCGCUUCAGGAAGGCAGGGAUGGACGCCCGCAGGACGAGGAGAGGGCUGGUUUUAGCGUCUUCGCUGAUGGUGGAAAACCUCAGGAGGCAGAUGUAGGUUUCUCCACUCAGAGGUCAAGCGACAUGGAGGAGAACAGCUGUGCUGUCGCAGAGAGGCCAACUCAGUUAGAUCUGGUGGGGUUUGACGCCACCCAGCUGCCUUACAUGGCAGAGCCUGAUAGUAGUGGAGAGCAUGCUGAGUGCACCGACUCAAAGGCCAGCCAUGUUGACAGUCCACGCUCCGACUAUGCCUCUGACCAGCUGCCCAGCACCAGCUCCUCUGAGUGGGAGGACCACUCACACUUGUUUUGAUUUGCUUGGUUGGAAUUGGAAGGUUUACUGAAGGCCAAAACCACUACAGACAGGAAAGCAGUUUCUAGAAGCUGCUUGUGUGGAAUGUAUUAAGAAUGAAGAAUGUGUUGGUUUUACAGCCAUAGUGGGAAAAAAAUAAAUCAGUUAAGUUUAAGUGCAGGAACUUUAAGCCAGCAGUAAAAUCAGAUCUUAGAUUUCCUUUUUUAGUGUUGUGAGCACACUGCAAUAAAAUAAAUAAAAGGAAGAACUUAGAAAUUUUAAUUAGGAUGCAGCCUGAUGGUGGG